AUUGGUGUAAAACCAUGAUUAACAUGACGGGCUGGCAGAAUGCCAGUACAAUGGUUUGGGCCAGGGCAGACUUGUUUUGGUAUUGUGGAGAUAGGACCUUGCACACGUACCUGCCACCAGACUGGUCAGGAACCUGUGCAAUGGUCCGCUUAGGGUUACCACUACUCCUCCUGGGACCACGUCGUAGUGGUUUCACCAAAAAACGGACGAGUAGAGAUGCAUUUGACCUCACCUCAGGCUCAACCACCUACGUGGAUGCCAUUGGCGUGCCCCGGGGAGUACCGAAUGAAUAUAAAUUGGCUAGUCAAAUAGCAGCAGGGUUUGAGAAUCUCCCCCUGAUUAGUGCCUUAUUUCCAGUUACCCCAAACAAGAACGUUGAUCGUAUAAAUUACAUCCAUUACAAUGUACUUCGCUUGGCAAAUAAGACCCGGGAUGCAGUAGCAGGUCUCUCAGAACAGCUGGCAGCCACCUCAUUGAUGACAGUACAGAAUAGAAUGGCAUUGGACAUGUUAUUAGCAGAAAAGGGAGGGGUCUGCUCCAUGUUUGGAGAUCAGUGCUGUACUUUCAUCCCAAACAACACUGCACCGGAUGGCUCUGUAACCAGAGCUCUGGAAGGAUUGAGAACCUUAUCCUCAGAAAUGCAUGAACACUCAGGCAUCGAUAACCCUUUGGAAAGCAUCUUGGAAUCAUGGUUUGGUAAAUGGAGGGGAUUGAUUGUGUCUGUAUUAGUGUCCCUAGUAAGUGUAAUGGGAAUGUUGAUUUUAUGUGGAUGUUGUUGUAUUCCCUGUCUAAGAUCUUUGUGUAACAGAUUGAUUGUCACCGCAAUUGAAGGAAAGGUUCCUCCUCCUUACCAGAUGCCACAGUUGGAGAUGGAAGUGAUGGCGUUGGUGGCGGGGGAAGGAUAUCGGUUUGAGGAUGAGGAUGAAAUAUGAAUAUGUUUCGUGGUCUCAUGUUUAUGAGACCAAAAGGGGGAAUUGUAGAUAUAUGCUAUGAAUUGGCCACUGCUAAAAUAUCACAUAAGGGGAUUAAUUACUUUGUUGUUUGUUUCAUAUAAAUAUGUGGUCCUAUGUGUAACAAUCUGAAAGCAGUAAGCUUGUUGUGUAAUAAGAAUGCAUGAAGACAGUUUACCCUGAAGUGUAAUUAAAUAGGUAGAUUCUGGAUGUUGACACGUCCCACUUGCAUAGGUUAAAGGUUUAUUAUUAACAGGAGAGCGGGGUCAAACAUUCAGUCAGAGCCCUGACCAUCCUUUGUUAAACAAUGCAGAACUAACCAUAAAACCCCCACAGGAGGUCUGGUGAUUGUGUAGUUCCAGAAGAAGGGGGUCACAUGGAAGUCACUAUUGCGCCUGUUUAAGGAGGUCACAGGAAGAUCACAUAUCCUGGACUGUGAGAAGAUGGAGGAUGGAGUCAGAUCAACAGCCAAUCAGGAGACGACAGCACCUCACACAUUAUAUCUGAUUGUAUUUUUGUAUAAAAGGGGUCAGGGAAAGGAGAGCCGUCAGACUUCAUGAACUGACACACACUGUUGUUCAUCAGGGACAGGAAGAUCUCGACCCAGAGCUCUGUAUGUUUUAUUCAUUUACUGCUAAAUAAAAUAGCC